AUGGAGCAUCGUGGUUUUUCACUGCUAGCUGUUUUGAGCCAAGGCCGAGCAGGACGAAAGACCGAGGUUGCCGAACACAGAAGGCAUCUUGCAAAUCGCUGGACGAGAAGGGAGACAGAGCAAGUCAACGCCGACGAUCUCGACCACAACAGGAUCAACGACAAGAGUCACCAGCUUCUGCGCUCGGAUGCUGCCGAUAGGUUGCCAUCUUCAGAAAAUCAUGGACGCAGCCUCGCUCUCAUCUUCCCAACCGAUACAGCACAAGAGAGGAGCUUGAAACUGGGCCGAAACCGCUCGGUCUCCGGAGCACAGACGAUCCGACACGGCACCGGACGACCUUUUCGUCUUGCCGCCGCCGACGACGAGAGCUUCCCAGCGACCCCAUCAGCACUUGGGGGAGGCUGGCUUCGAGGACCUCUACGGCUGCCACUCUGCUCGUGGUGCCACCCCUUCUACUGCCCCUGA